UAGUGCAGAAUCAUGACCUUUGACCAGAUUGCUCAAUUCUGCAUUCCAGAGUGGUAAGCUCAGUUGUUUCUAGAAGUUUGAUUAUGUUGCUUUUCAACUUCAUUGUGACCUAAAGGCAAAUAUGUAAAAUUUCUUCUCACCAUUAAGAUGGAAUCUGUGUACCAGAGUUGACAUCUGCCCCUCUCGCGGUUGCUCCUUACCAGGAAUCUUUGGAGGCAAGUUGAUGUUAGCAUUGCAUUCGUUUUUGUGCCAGAAGAAAAGCAUUGAGAAAUCAUUUGUGUGACCUGAGGCCCUCCAGCUUUAGCCCAAGUGACCUGGGCCCUCAGCUUGGUCCCUGGUCCAGUGAUUGGUCCCAGCUUCUUGUGUUAGUCUGACAGAUGACCCACUAGAAAAAUCCAGCUGCACCAAAGUAAUGUUCAGAGUCCAAGGUGUGACUGCACCCCCUCCAACCCCUCAGCAGCUCCGUUUGAUACUCAGAUUUCCAUCUCAGAUUCUAGUACCAGCAAAACUUCCAAACAUGCCCAGUAAAUGAUGACAUUUUAUAAAGGGCAAGGGCAGUUAAAAAGUGACAUGUUGAGCCCUUCUGUUGAGCCCUUGGAUGUUUAAAGGGGAGGGAAAAGAUGCCAUUUUUAAUAAGGAAGAAAAGAAAAUUAUCUUUCACAAUUUUAUGUUUGUUUUGUCUUCAGUGUUGUGCAAGGAGGGACUUGGGCAACCUUUAAGGACUUGAACUCAUUUAGUCCUAGGUCAGCCCCAGCCUGUUGAGUUUAGCUAGAAUGGAAGGCACAGGAAUUUCCUAGGAAAUGUUGGUUUUCAUUAAGUACUACCGGCUUUCAAAUAAAAUCUGUCAUACUCUGUUUUCUCAAAUCAUGUGCUGGAAGUGUUUCCUGUGAAACUCGAGUGUUAUCUCAAAAAAGAAGUGUUAUCUUGGAGUCAACAAGCUUGGACAGCGUUGCUUUAGGCAAAUCUGACCCAAACCCCCAAAUUGUGGAAUCUUGGCAUCUUUCUCUGGAAGAUGGAGACCCUGCCCACCAUCAAGAGAAGGAGAAAGGAAGAACUUUCAAGGACACUUAGAAGCUCUUUGUUGUGAAGUUAAACGUAAAACAACAAGCUAACAUAUAGAUAAAAGAUGGAUGCUCACAAUUUGGAAAUAAGAACUUGAAUGAAGAAUUGAGAAGGUAAGUCUCUGGUCCACACACACAUUCCCAGAGAAAUUCAGCCCCCAGAGAUUAACAUCACUGGGAAAGCCACGCACAAGCGCGGUCUCCACUGAUAGACAAACCGAGACGCUGCCGUUCUGCUCAGAAUUGACCAGGAAGCCAUGAAAUCCCGGAUGGAAGGCUACUUAGAAGACUGCCUGUUGAAUAAGGUGGACUUGAGGCGCCAGUGGAUUUCGCAGAUGGUGGAAGAGGUGCAGAAAGUUGUCCAUCACCUGACCACAGAAAUAAGCUACCAAGACUUUCGAUUUCAAGCCGUCCCUUACUGUGACACGUACAAUGAGAACAUUAAGGUCUUGGCUCCCUCCCUGUUCCUCAUCACAGUCCCGACGAGAGGCCUGGCCGGGUACAAGGAGGCCCGGCAGCAGCGCUGGCGCUACUACAGCCUGAAGGGCGCCCGCCUGCCCCGCCCCCUGCAGGACCCCGAGGGCCUGCAGCAGUGGCUGGAGGUGGGGCAGUUCCUGAAGAGCCCGGGGCAGUGGCGCGAGGCAGACGUGAACAUCGAGGGAGACAUCGUGCCCGCCAAGGUCCUCCAGGUGUUCCGGAAACUGGUCGAAAACGCAAUUGAGACCUGUCGCCUCUCAGGCAGGGUCCGCAUGCUAAUAGACCAUCUUGUAGUUCGAGUUGUUGUGGAAACCUCUGCGGGUCAGGUGGAACUACAGCUGACCCCCUCAGUGGACAUCCCCACCGCCUGGUCCAAGAAAGCCCAGUGGCCUUCGUGUCUGAAGCGCUGGCCUUCUCCAGAGACAGUGCAGUGCAUCAAGUCAUUCGGGUUCAGCUUGCUGGCCUGUUCAAGCUAUCACUGGCAGCUGAGCUUCUUGCGGGCAGAGCAGGUGCUGCUGGAGCAGCUGGAUGAGGACGGGGGCUGCCGCCGGAAGUGCUUUCAGGCCCUGAGGCAGAUGAAGGAGGACGUCUGGUGUCCCGGGACACGGCCUGUGAUCACGUCCUACCACCUGCAGACGGUGCUCUUCUGGACUUGUGAGAAGUACCCCAAUCCCAAGGACUGGCAGGUCUUCAGCAGGGGGUUCCUGCGCCUGGUGAGGAAGCUGCACAAGUGCGUGAGUCAGCAUUUCCUCAAGCAUUACUUCGUGCGGAAGAGCAACCUCCUGCAGUAUGCCAGUUCACGCGAGCUGGACGCCCUGGCCCAGACAUUGGCCUUCUUCCUGAAAGACCCCCAGAUCAGCCUGCCCUGAUGCUGCCUGGCCUGGAACAUUCUUGGACACUUCAUUCAAGUUUGA